UCUGUUCUUCACUGCCGAAGAAUCAACAGGAUGCUCUCCAAUGAAUCCCUGCAUCCUCCUGCCUUUAGCCACUCCAACUCCUCCUCUGUAGACAGCAGCACAUCUGUGGAAGAGUUCUGGUGGGAAAUCGAGAGUAUCAAAGAAAGCAACAUGGGGGUGCAGGAGGAGCAGCCGCCCACAGCCACUGCUGAGGUCAAGCCUGUGGAUGAAGGAGAACUUGAAGCAGAGUGGUUACUAGAUGUAGGAUUGUCAACUCUGAUCUCUGGUAAUGAAGAGGAAGACGGCAAAGCGCUCCUGUCUACAUUGACUUGGACACAAGCAGCUGCAGUGAAAAAGAGAUACAACACAUAUACCCAGACUCUGAGGAAGAAGAAUAAACAACCCGUCAGGGAUGUCAGAGAUGUCUCCGGAGUCAGUGAAUCUCCUCCUAGUGAUUCUUGUGAGCAUGCUACUCAGUUGGAAGGUACCAAGGAAGAAAAAGAUCUGCCAGGAGUUACCAAGACAAACAGACCUCUGCCAGAUGAUGCGUCUCUCAACAGUACCACCCUAUCCAAUGGUGCACAGGAUGAAGAAGGCAGGUUUGUGGCCCUUCAGAGUGGAUCUGUGUCAGUACUUGAGGCUAUCCCAGAUAUUUCUGUUCACACCAAUGGAUCUGCAGGUGCUGAGCAGCCAGUUCAGAGCACGUUGAAAGAUGAUGAUUAUCUAGAGAAGAACAUUCCACCAGAGCUUUCCUUUGAGGUAUCUUACUCAGAAAUGGUGACAGAGACCCCAGACAGAAAUAAGUGGAAGAAGUCGGACAUUAAGAAAGAAGCCUAUGUCUUAACUAAAUUUAUUGUUCAGAAAACAAGAUUUGGGUUGACUGAGAAGGGAGACCUGUCUGCCGAAUACAUGAAGAAAAUGCACCAUCUCUCUCUCAUUGAGCUAAUGGCCUUCUUCGAUGCUUUUGGGAUACAACUGAAGAGAAAGAAAACAGAGUGAGUGAGAGGCCGAGACAACGGGAUUUUCGGAGUGCCACUGACAGUCCUUCUGGACAACGACCGGAAGAAGGACCCUGCAGUGAAAGUUCCCCUUAUGUUACAAAAAUUUUUUCAGAAAGUCGAGGAGUCAGGUCUGGAAUCCGAAGGAAUCUUUCGACUCUCGGGAUGUACUCCCAAAGUCAAGCAGUACCGUGAAGAACUGAAUGCUAGAUUCAACGCUGACAAGUUCAAGUGGGACAAGAUGUGUCACAGAGAAGCUGAGGUCAUGUUGAAAGCAUUCUUCAGAGAACUGCCCACCUCUCUCUUCCCUGUUGAAUAUAUACCCGCCUUCAUCUCUCUGAUGGAAAGAGGGCCUGGCAUCAAAAUACAGUUUCAAGCCUUGCACCUCAUGGUCAUGGCCCUGCCUGACACCAACAGGGACACAGCCCAGGCUCUGAUGACAUUCUUCAAUAAAGUGAUCGCCAAUGAAUCCAAGAAUCUCAUGAGCCUGUGGAACAUUUCCACUGUGAUGGCACCCAACCUGUUUUUCAGCAGAAGCAAGCACUCUGACUAUGAGGAACUGGUGCUGGCCAAUACUGCAGCCCACAUCAUCCGCCUGAUGCUGAAGUACCAGAAAAUUCUGUGAAAGGUCCCAUCUUUCUUGAUCACCCAAGUAAGAAGGAUGAAUGAAGCCACCAUGCUGUUGAAGAAGCAGCUCCCGAGUGUGAAGAAGCUGCUCAGGAGGAAGAACCUGGAGUGGGAGGUUUCAAACCCCAAGACCUCAAAGGUACCACAAAAAUCACCUUCCUCAAGAAGAAUGUCUGAUGUGCUAGAAGGUGUCAUAAGGGUCCACGCUCCGCUUCUGUCCAAAGUCUUGAUGGCCAUUCAGCUCAACAGUCAGACCAAAGCCAAAGAUAUUCUUGUGAAAUUUCAGUAUGAGAACAGUCAUGGUUCAUCUGAACGUAUUAAGAUGCAGAACCAGAGGUUAUACGAAGUUGGAGAAAACAUAGGACAACGCUGUUUAGAUCCUGAUGCAUAUAUAUUGGAUGUGUGCAGAAUGGGUCAUCAAGCCCUAGACAAGUCUUUAAAAUAUGCCCAGGAUGGUUCCUGCUCUAUAUUACAUACCAAGAAGGUCCUGCAUUUGUGGGAAAAACACUACCCUGAAGUAUUUGCUUCUGUACUCCUGGUUCUCCUAGAGGGGCGGUGUUGCCAGCUCUGCCAAUAUGAACUACAGAGGAGGAGUGGGUUCACUCCGAGCUCAACUUUCUCAUUGCAGUUCCCCAGUAAAAAGGUAGGACCCAAAGGAAAGGCCAGUGUUACUCACCACGAAGCUAUGUAG